UAUUAGUAGUGCUGACCUCCCUACAGCAAUUAGUAGCUGAGAGUGAGGACUGUGUACAACACAGCAACUACAAACUACCUGAAAUAUUACGAUGAGCUGGCUGAGGUAUAUUUCUCUUUUGCUUCUAUGGAAAUGCUGUACUUCUGAUAAUGAGUGUGCCAAAGAAGUUGAAGUUGAUUUCGGAAAGCUUGUAAAAGCUCAUGGAGUUGGAGGUGGAGAAGACUCACAUGCUGUAGGAACUAUCGAGUGCCUCCCUGGAUAUUUCUUGGAAGGAUCUGAAGAAGUAAAGUGCACUUACCAUGAAAAGUGGGGACCUCUACCAAAGUGUUUGGCACCCUGCAUUAUCACAAAGGAACAGCUGGAUGACAAACACUUGUUUUUGCCUGGCUAUAGAAGAUAUUCACGCGUGAUUCAACAUAACAGUACAGUGGAAUUCACAUGCGGUGGGACCAGACCUUCUGUGGUCAGGACCUGCGUUGAUGGGCACAUAGAUCUGCCAUCUUGUUCCCCAGUGUGUGCCAGCCUACCUAACAUUGAUUUCGGAAGGCUUCUAAGAGCUCAUGCGGUCGGAGGUGGAGAUGAGUCAUAUGGUGCAGCAACAUUCGAGUGCAACCCUGGAUAUGUCUUGGAAGGAUCCAAAGAAGUAGAGUGCCGUCACCAACAGUGGGGACGUUUACCAAAGUGUUUGGCACCCUGCAUUAUCACAAAGGAACAGCUGGAUAACAAAGACUUGUUUUUGCCUGGCUACAGAAGACAUUCACACGCAAUUCAGCAUAACGAUACAGUGGAACUCAUAUGCGGGCAAAGCAAUGCUUUUAUCCCUUCUGCAGUCAGCACCUGUGUUGAUGGGCACAUAGAUCUGCCAACAUGUUAUACAGUGUGUGCCAGCCCACCUAACAUUGAUUUCGGAAGGCUUCUAAGAGGUCAUGCGAUCGGAGGUGGUGAUGAGUCAUAUGGUGCGGCAACGUUCGAGUGCAACCCUGGAUAUGUCUUGGAAGGAUCCGGAGAGGUAAAGUGCUCUAGGCAAAAGUGGGGACCUCUACCGAAGUGUUUAGCACCCUGUAUGAUCUUAAAGGAUCUGUUGGAUGCCAACCACAUCCUUUGGUCUUUGGGCCGAAGCCAUUCGACUGUGAUUCCACAUAACAGUACACUGGAAUUCCAGUGCAAGGAAGGAUAUGCCACGGCAAGAAGUUUAGCUGAAAGGACCUGUGUGGAUGGACACAUAGAUCUGCCAUCGUGUCUCCCAGAAACAAACUACGAGUCAUUUGGACGUCUACCAACUUCCAUCUCGGAUCAUUUGAAAGAUUAUUAAUUCAGGACUGGUGCAAAAGAGGAAGUAUAAGAUGAGUAUAGUGGACGUUUUCAACCCACAUAUGGUCUUCAAAAAUCGUUGAUCACUUCUCACUAAUAUUACCAAAAGUUGCUGCUGCUUCAACUUAUGUUUUCCUUGGUAUAUGCAGCUGCUCACAAUGGAUCAUCAACCAAAAUUGAAAAUCCAUUUUUAGAGAAGCUACAUCUGCAACCCUUAUUAUGGCUGAAGUUAAAAAUGGCUACAAACAUUGGACUAACCAACUUCUAACAGUUGAUGGGACUUGAUGUCCAAAGUAUUUGGAGAUCUACCUUCUACCUUCUGCCCUGCCCUAAAUAAUACUGGAUUUGUAUAAUUGCAAUGGAAUUACUUUUGGCUGCAAGGGUUUUAUGCUCAUUAAAGAAAAUAUUUGCAAAAUGCA